AUCGCCGGCACGUCGCACGUCUCGAGGCAGGCCGACGUGGCGCAAAGCCGAACGAGGCUUUUGUAGAACGUUAUCACGGGGGUUUCUUCUUGGAACCGGCAGGACGAGCAACGAAUACUGUGACGAUCUGAAGACAGUGCAAAAGUGACGGACGCCGUUUUACCACCAAAGUAACCAGAAAUCAUACGAGACAAUCUGCAUUUUCCAAUUCUGCUCCGUCGUCGAGGAACUACGCAUCACGGACGCAUCGGCGAACUGAAUCUCGGAGCCUUAUACCGCGGGUCUAAGGCUGUCGAAGAUUACAAGAUCGAUCAGGGAAGAGGUGGCACCGAUUUCUGUCAAGUGCAGAAAUUGGCCGAGAGCGGAGAUUGGGAAUGCGGAGAACGCGCGUUCGAUGAAACCCGUGGCAGAUAGCGAGGCUCGUGACUCGAGAGUAACGGCGAACGAACGACCGACGUCGGAACGUUAAUCUUAGAGAAGAAGCGCGAAAUCCGCAAGGAUCCUCGGAACGAGCCGCGAUCCGAGCGAGGGGUCAGGAUGCUGCACGGGACUUUGCCGCGGGCGUUCGUAUCGCCGGGGAUCAAGUACCUCGCGGGUGGUUACGGGUACGGCGAUGACGGGUCGGGAUACGCGGCCGCCUACGCCGGCACCUCGUCCUUCGAGGCGGAGCAGUACUCGGUUAUACCGGAUCAGCACCACCACGCGUUCCCCACGUGGCACACGGUCCAGCGGCCAGCGUCGCCGAGCCCCCUGGACUUGUCGCUAAAGCCGAGCCCCGGCAGAGCGGAGAUGAGCACGAUCGACCACGAGCCCGAGGUAAAUCUGCGUCGGGAGCAGACGGUGGUGGCCGAGGGAUUCCAGCCGGAGUCGAGCGGCUAUUCGCCGCCGCGAGUGCCGACAACACCGCAACACCACCUUCAGGGCAUCAGCGCGCCGAUGACACCGCCGAGCACGCCGUCGCCGCCGCAGUGCCCGAGGAAACGGCCAAGGGAGGAUCCGGGCUCGGGUGGCUCCCCGGCGUUGGCCCUGCACGGCGACAAGGGCGAGAAGGGCGAGAAGGGGGGGCCGCAGAGGUCGAAGAAGAAGCACGCGAGACGAUUGAAGUUCGACGAGGACACGAGCAGCCCCGUAUCCGGGACCGUUAUCCUCGGUCCCGACGAGGCGGUCGUUACCGGGGACAUCGAUCCCGCCUUCAACGUCGUCGAGGUUACCGUGGAGGCGCGGGCCGAGUUGGCAAAGAUCGAGAACCGGCUUGGGCCCUACCAGUGCAGGCUCUGCCGGCAGCUGCACGGGGAUGCCUUCCAGCUCGCGCAGCACCGCUGCUCCCGUAUCGCCCACGUCGAGUACCGAUGCCCGGAGUGUGACAAGCGGUUCUCCUGCCCAGCCAACCUCGCCUCCCACCGCCGCUGGCACAAGCCCCGGACCACCAACCCGCAGCCCGACGGCCCCUCUAGCCAGCCCGCGAGCAUCGGGGCCGAGUUCGCCUGUUCGAACUGCGACGCUAAGUUCGGUCGGCAGGCCGCCCUACGCAAGCACCUCGCCGCAGAGCAUCCCGAGUCGGCGGCACCGGCGCCCGCGGCCAGCGGGACGAACGGCGCGCACCUUGCAGUUUCGGCCCUGACCUGCGAAGCACCCUGACACCAAUUUCCUGCGAGACCAUUGCCCAGGAGGCCGGGACCCUACUGGAGAUUCGGUCUUGAUCUUAUGUGAGACCGGACGGCGACGAGGCGGACGGUUUUUCGGAUGGGUGGAAGGGGCGGGGGUUACCGGACGUUCAGGGCAUUCGAAACAAGUCGUGAGUACUGAAACAAAAUUUUCGGACUUCGGCUGGCGUGCAGGGGCUUCGCGGCUAUAGCGCCGCCGUCAACGCUGUCAUUAUCGUUACAUCGUUACUGUUCUUAUUGCUUCUAUUAUUCUUGAGAUAAAGUCGUUUUUAGCUCUGGAUGCUUUGCUCUCGUCAGCCGAGAGACAAACAAAUUACCGAAACACCGCACGCCACUGGCAUGGCGCUUCGAACGGGGUGUAGUAAGUAUCGUUCUAGGCCACACGUUCACAUCGGCAUUAUAGCAUAGGUAUGUCAUUCCGGUACCUUCAGAUUUUUCAUUUACGUACCUUUGCUCGCGAUAUUUUCGGCCCGUUUGCUAAAUUCGCCAACUGUGGCAGUUUUCGUAACAGCGAUUCUCGAGAGAGAUGCCACGCUUCAAUUGAGCAACAGACAAACAUCGCAUCUACCCGUAAGCAAAUGUAAAUAGUCAAAUUCAGCGCAUUGUAUACGCGUUCGGCUGAUAAGUUUCUCAUUCGCUCUGAAAGUUAUUCGUUAUUCGGACUUGACGAAUCGAAUAAAUUACAUGUAUCGUAUCCAUCGAUCGUUUAUUUUUCACGAUUCAGUUGGUUAUCCGUUCCAGAUUUUCCGAUUGCUCUCUCCGUGUUAAUACUGUAUGUUUAAUUAUGCAAUGCUGGUCAACCGAUCUGAUUUAUAAUAAGGGGAAUAAACAACUUUUCGAAAACGAUCAUACGGUUCAGCGUCAACACUAGAGUCAUAUACGUAUGUCUGUUGUAUAACGAUGGGAUCGACAUUGUCACCCGAUUAUUGUUCAUAAAAUUUUAUAUUUCAAGAAGAAUUGUCGAACAUGAAAGAAAAACAAUUCUAAAAUGAGUGUGAAACAUUGUAAAUCGUUGUACAUUGAUUAGUUGUAACGAGAAAAAUUGAUAGAUUAUAAAAUAGUAUACGCGGUAAUAGUACCUGUACAUUGUAAAUGUGUAGAUAGCAUCGCAGUGGGUUACUCAAGAGUAUGAUACUGAGAAAAAUAUUAUUAGAAAUAAUCAAGAAUCGAUGACAAUUAUAUAGUAUUCUUGUUGACGGAAGGUGAUGUUACGUAGAUCCAUUAAAAACCAGAGCCAAAAAUUUUCUAGAAGCUUCUCGAACAGACCUUACGUUCUUAUGGUCGUAUGUAAAAACGUUUUUUUAUAGUCGUAUAUUUUCACCCGGACCAGUCAAUCAUCGCGGGUGAGUACCCACUGAUAAUAAUGAAUGCAGAUUGGUAAGUGAUGAUUGAUUCACGGUCGUACAGCUAACGAUAUCAAAGAUAAUUAAGGCAACCGCGCAUAUAACAGUUUAACGUAUAAAGUCCGACCUUAGAAUCACCGGAUCUAAUUGUAAAAUCUGCGAUAUAUGUGAUUUCAGCGUCUAAAUGCGCAUCUAGUCGGUAACGUCUAGUCAAAGUAAAAGUCUAGUCUGUCAUAGGUGUAACGUUAUCUAGUUUCUGUAAAUUAUUUAAACAAAUAUCUCUUGUCUAGUCGUAUCGCAUUGGCGUAAUUUUAAUCAAAGAAGAAUAACCGCACUACGAUACGUAUAGGUGCAUAUUACACGGUGCAGAAGCCAAGAAGUUGAUCGUCCUACCUAAAACCCAACAACAGAUGGUCUGGGCGACCCAAGGACAUAUCGUAAUUCGAAACUAUCACGUGAAAGUGUGAGGGAAUCGUCACUGGUAUUUUGCGUGUAAAGGUACAUACAUAGUUGAUAGUCAUACACUGGUUGAAAAUAAUUAUGACAGUAAUUAUCUACAAUUACUAUAUACAUGUAAUUGCUAUUUGCAAAUUGAAUGUGGCAUGUUGGGUAAAGUUUUUGAAUACGCGUGUCUGAUCUCUGUGUCUGUAUGUUUCUCACUACCUGCCUUGAAAUUCGACAGAAUGCCUCUAUGGCCGAGAUUUGAAAAUUAGGAAAAGAGGGAAAUUUAUUGUCUCUCUCCGGCUUUCCCUGGAUUGGACGCGGAGGUAUCGAAAUUCCUGCCAAAAUUAAAAGGUACGGCGAGGAUGCCUUACCCGUCAACUGGGACUACAGACCCUUGAAAACUCAUCGAAUACAAUUAAAUAUACAAUUGGGAAUGUUUUGCUGACAAUGAGCUAUUCACUAGCGGCUCGGUCACCCCAAUCUCUGCAAUUCGAGCACCGCCUCUCUCAAUGAGCCCUUUCGGUCCGAACGACCGGGAUAAUUAUUCAGUAGUAGAUCCAACAAGUAUAAUUUCUAGUCAAGCUGACCGAAUCAUCGUAAAUGUUUAGCUUUAGCUGUACGGUAUAAUUAAUCCUGUGUCGUAGAUUAGUAUAUCUCUUAUCUAUCGUAAGAUGAUUCAAUUAUAGGCAUAUCAGAUCGGCGACAAUAUUUCUAGUCAGAAUGGUAGCGUUUGGUGAAAAAAAGUAACCGUAAUAAAAAUUAUUGUACUUGAUCGGCUUCACGAUGAAAUCAGCUAACAUACGGAUCAAAUGUGAGCAAUAAGAUAUUCAACCUAUCGACAAUCUAGUCAGUUUCGUCGACUGAUGAUUUACCGAAAACAACGGUCUCAUCAUAUUUAACAAACUUACUUUGGGAUUAAUGCAGUCGCGUUCAGCAUAUGAUAUCACAUAAGACUUACUUUGCAUUACCGAAUUAUCCCUAUUAUUCAUAAUAAACGUCCCAUUCCCGAAUCGCAUUACAAUACUUGAAAUGCAUCUGCCGGUCGUACUAAUUUUAUCACCGAAAAGUCGCGAUUCAAAAUUUUUCAAAUGUAAUAAAGUGCAACAGGCUGACAUACGACUAAUUCCGAGCGCAAAUAACCGAUACAAUUAAUUUAUUCAUAUUGCGGCUACCCACGCGCCGAUAUUGUUGUACAAGUAUACCGGAUAUACAAUGAGUGUGUGUGUGUGAUAUGUAUCGAAACGUACGAAUAUCCCAAACUAACGGUAAAAUUGUACGCGUACUUGGGAUUAUUAGAAUAGCCUGUCUAACAUACAUCUGCAGAGGUGGAUUUUGGCCUAUCAAGGACGCACGUGUCAUUUGUACGUUAAAUAGAUGUUAACAGACGGCACCGAUCGCCUUUAACGGGCCUGCAGCCGUCCACCUUCGUAGGUGUGCAUCUGCGUAAAAUAAAAUAGCUACGACUAUUGCGAUUUCAUCGUCAAUUGUUAAGAAUUAUUAUUCAACUGUAAUAAAUAUAAGCAAAAGAAAACAUGACUACCCCCCUAUUUGCACAUAGAU